UUUGGAUAUAAAAAGGGACCAGGGGGAAAAAGUGAGCCGAUAAUUAUUCCUCACCCUUGUGCUUUCCCACUAAUCUUACACAGCUGACUGUAAAGAGCCCUCAAACUUGCGCCAUGAACGGAGUUGUACUUACGCUGUGGGAUUAUGUCUCAUUACAUCCACUGACGUCGCUCGUGACGGCGUUGACGAUCAUCGCCUCGUUCUAUCUGGUGAUUUAUCCAUUCGUCUUGAACCCGCUGUCCGCUUUGCCAGGUCCCUUCCUCUAUAAGAUCUCCUCGAUCUUUGUGCUGAACGACCAGCGUAUCGAAAGCCGCAAUGAAAAGCUGAAUCAAUGGCACAGGGAGUUUGGCCCUGUCAUUCAGAUCGGGCCUAACGAGGUGUCGCUGGCCUCUGUCGACUACAUGAAACAGAUCUACGUCAAGCAGAACAUGCCAAAGACCUCGUUCUACUCCCAGUUCACGAACUUUGGUGAGCUGAACGCCUUCUCCAUCAUCGACACCGACCGCCAUCUCAAGAGAAAGAGAAUGAUGGCUAAACUGUAUACAAAGUCAUCGGUGUUCGCUCAUGACUCACAGGCCCACAUCAACACAAAGGUUCAAAACCUCCUCAGCUUUGUUGCCUCGUCUGUCGAUGCGCCAAUGGAUGUCUAUCAGAUGUUCAACUCUUUGGCCAUGGACGUUGUUACGUAUUACGAACUCGGGUCAAAGUUCACCACCAAUCUGCUCCUAGACUUGAAACAGAGAAAGAUCAUUGAAGCGUUCAGAGCUUCUUCUUCGAUGUGGUUCUAUACCACACUGUUGCCUUCCCUGUGGUCCUGGGCUGCUGAUAAGAAAACGGCAACACUCUCUGGUCAAUGCCGUGACUGGGCCAAGUCGAAGUUCCUCGAGGCAUACGAGGAUUUGGUGCAAAAUGGUGAUACUGGCGAACCUUCUCUUGUGAGAACCUUGUACGUGAACGGUGUCACCAAGUGGGCUAUUGGAUCAGAAGUGUUUGAUCACGUCGCUGCCGGCCAUGAAACCACAGGUGCGUCGUUGACUUAUUGCACCUGGGAACUAUCCAGACCUAUGAAUCAAUACAUACAACAAAAGUUGUAUGACGAGAUGGUUCAGAACUUUGGUGAGACACCAUUAGGUUAUUUGCCAUUGGAUGUUGUUGAUAAGCUUCCAUACGUGGAAGCGGUGAUCCUGGAAACUACUCGUUUGCAUGCAGCUAUCCCAGGCAGUGAACCACGUAGCGUUGUAAAGGAGUUUGUCGUUGAUGUCAACGGUGCUAAAUUCACCAUUCCAAAGGGCACCACUGUCUCUGUCCAGCCAUGGUCUCUUCAUACUGACCCAACUGUCUUUGCACGUCCUGAAAGCUUCAUCCCUGAGAGAUGGUUGAAGCAGGGUGAUGAGACUGAUGAGUCCUUUAAACAGAGACUUCAGCUAAUGAAAUCCUCAUUGUUCACCUUUGGCCAGGGGAAUAGGAUGUGCCUGGGGAUGCACCUUGCUAUGACUGAGAUGAAGCUCUGCAUUGCUCAAUUGUAUUGGAGAUUCCAAUCCAAGAUUAGCCCACAGUGGUGUAAGAACCUCACAGAGAAACCACCAAUGAUGGGCAACGUCCACGGGUCGAAAGCAUCUCUGACUGAUGUCGAAAUGAUGAGUAUGGCAGAUAGUUAUACCUCUAGACCAAUAUUCGAUGAGUGCUGGCUCGAAUGGAACGUUAGAUCAUAGAUCAACCAUAUUUAUUAACUAUUAUACAUUAUACUACACACACUACAUAAGCUACAGAGAAUCACUCUGAGUAAAAAGAGG